CAGGCACUGUGCGUCAGCACGCAUCAGCACAGCUGACUGCCAGGGGCCAUCCGCACACGGAGCAGGAGGGAAUGUUACCUUCAUUUGGUGUUUUUCUGCUGAGCACUGUCGCUUGUUACCCUUUCUGCAGAGGCGUUGUUCUUUCUCCGAAUGUUUAAUAAAUAAAGUUGGCUUUUUGUCGGCAGGGUUUUACUGUUUCACUGCUGCGGAAGCGCUACGGAAACAUCACUAAUCCAUUCAGUGUAGGCCAGCGCACAAGAAAUGCAUUGAGACCUGUGAGCAGACAGGAUGAUCUACAUCAUAAUGGGAGUUUCAGGCUGUGGAAAAACCAGUUUAGGGACGUCUCUUUCUGAAAAGCUUGGCUGGCCCUUCUAUGAAGGAGAUAACUUCCACCCUCAAGAGAACAUUGAUAAGAUGGCUCGAGGUGAACCUCUCACAGAUCAGGACAGAUUUCCUUGGCUUCUAAGACUACAUGAAAUCAUUGAGAGAGAAAGGUGUUCCGGCUCAGAUGCUCUCAUAGCUUGUUCAGCUCUGAAGCGUCUCUACAGGCACAUCCUCCUCCAUGGCUCGAUGUCCGGGGCUCCAACUAUUUGCUCACACCAAACCACCUCACAUUCAGCCUCUCCAGAGGUCUUCUUCCUGUACCUGCACGGUGACUAUGAUCUCAUUCACCAGAGGAUGGUGGCCCGACAGGGACAUUACAUGAAGGCAGAACUGUUGCGCUCCCAGUUUGAUAUUUUGGAGCCUCCAUCAGAGGAGGAGAACAUGCUAACCCUGGACAUUCGGAAGAGCCUGAGUGAGAUGAUCCUGGAGGUUGAGAAGCACAUUAAAAGCCUGAAGCUGUGAUGCUGGAAUCACUGCAGCAGUUAAAAAAAUAAACCUGACUUUAUCUGUAUAGCAUUGAAAAGACCAUUCAACCCAGAUGUCAUACAUAUCCCUACACAUCAAUGAUAAACAUAUCAUUUGCUAAAUUGCAAUGCCUUUUUUUGAUAAUCUUGUUUGUUCCCUUAACCUUUAAGUAAGUUAACCUUAACCUUUGAAUAAGUUUUUAUUUGAAAAUGUAAUUUCAGUUUUGAAUGCUUGGUACUGGUGUGCAUGAUUUUCUACUCAAACUUUUUGUUGGGUUCCAUUAGCUGAUAAAAGUUUACCAAAUUGCUAAGAACAUUACCAUAAGCUUAUUGAGAAUUAAAGUAUACAAUACAAUAAAAAAAAA